CUUAGGAUUGUAACGUUAGUAUAUCGCGAGCCAUCAAACCAAUCGCAUCAUGAGAAUCAAAUUUUUAAUAUUGUUAAUAUCAUCCUGCUAUUGUGAUGUGGAAUUCAGUGAACGACCAAGAAACUUUAGUAUAGAACUGCUUUAUCAUACUCAGAAGCAAACUGGUGGACAUGUAGUGAUAUCCCCUUUUGGUAUUUGGACACUUAUGACCGGUUUGGCCGUCGGAGCGACUGGAGACAGCUUCGAGCAACUAAGAGUGGCUUUUAUACUACCCAAGAGUCUUAAAAGCGUCGUAACAGGGUAUAAAAGCUUAACCAAAUCUGUGCUUCAACGGACGUCCGAUGGAGUAUCUUUGACAAGUAAUAAUUUUCUAUUCGCUGAUGAUGAUUUCUUACUAAAACCAGCAUUUAAGCAGACUAUUACUGAUAAAUUCGAUGCUACUGUCAAAGUGCUUGAUUUUAAAAACUCUGAUGUAGCUGCCGCUAAAGCAAACAAGUUUAUACAAGACUCCGGUGCACGGGUUACUAACGUACUGUAUUCAGAAGAUUUUGAACAAUCAAGAAUGAUUUUGACAAAUGUGAUAUCUUUUAAAGGACUGUGGACAUCACCUUUCAACGCAAGUCAUACGACUGUUCAAAAUUUCUCUAACGAAAACAAAGAAGUAAUAGGCAAAGUUAAUAUGAUGCAUCAAAAAGGUGAAUUCCCUUUAUCUAACAUAGUAGCAUUAAAAUCUUUCGUUUCUGAACUGACUUACGGAACUGAUGCGGCAUAUUCCAUGCUCGUGAUCCUGCCUCAUCAAGGAGUCAAAGUUGAAGAUGUAUAUAAGACUCUUGAGAAUAUCACCAUACCUGAUAUAAUAGCGAAACUCAGACAAGAUGAAACUGAAUAUGGUUUAGAUGAAGUCGAAAUUAAAUUACCGAGAUUCAAAAUAAGUACUAAUAUAGUCAUGAAUAGACCUUUGAACGAUAUGGGUGUUUAUGAUAUUUUCGAUCCAGAAUACGCUAGUUUUAACAGAGCAACGAAUGAAAGUAUAUAUGUGUCGGCCAUAGUCCACAAAGCUGAUAUAGAAGUGAGUGAAACUGGGACUGUGGCUACAGCGGUAUCUACGGCAUAUUUAAGUAACAGAUUUGGUACAACUCGAUUGAUCGCUGAUAGACCUUUCCUAUACUUCAUCAUUGAGAAGUCAACAGCCACUGUUAUUUUUGCGGGAAUUUAUUCUAAGCCUUCUUUGUACUAAAA